GCGGGGCCACGGGGCUCCGCCCACGGCCCCUCCCCGCGCGGCGGCUCCGACCGCGGGCGGCCGAGGGGCGGGCGCGCCGCUGCAUCCCCAUCCUCGGCGUAGCUCGGCACAGGGCGAGCGGCGACUGGCCGGAGCGAGCGAGCGAGCGAGCGAGCAAGCAAGCAGGCGGACGGGCGGACGGGCGGACGGACGGGCGAGCGCAGCGCCGAGGCCCGGCCAUGGCCACCACCAGCACCACGGGCUCCACCCUGCUGCAGCCUCUCAGCAACGCCGUGCAGCUGCCCAUCGAUCAGGUCAACUUUGUAGUGUGCCAACUCUUUGCCUUGUUAGCAGCCGUUUGGUUUCGAACUUACCUGCAUUCAAGCAAAACUAGCUCUUUUAUCAGACACGUAGUUGCUACCCUUUUGGGCCUUUAUCUUGCAUUUUUUUGCUUUGGAUGGUAUGCCUUACACUUCCUCGUACAAAGUGGGAUUUCCUACUGCAUCAUGAUCUUAGCAGGAGUGGAGAGCAUGCAUCAAUGUUGUUUUCUGUUUGCUUUGGGAUACCUCACAGUAUGUCAGAUCACUAGAGUCUAUAUCUUUGAUUAUGGACAAUAUUCCGCUGAUUUUUCAGGCCCAAUGAUGAUCAUUACGCAGAAGAUCACUAGUCUGGCUUUCGAGAUUCAUGACGGGAUGUUUCGGAAGGAUGAAGAACUGACUCCCUCGCAGAGGGGAUUAGCUGUGAGGCGCAUGCCAAGUCUCCUGGAGUAUGUAAGUUAUACCUGCAACUUCAUGGGAAUCCUGGCAGGCCCUCUGUGCUCUUACAAAGACUACAUUACGUUCAUUGAAGGCAGGCCGUCCCACACGUCACAGGCCAGUGAAAAUGGAAAAGAAGAGCAGCAGCAUGAAAGAGCAGACCCGUCUCCAAACGCAGCAGUUACAGAGAAGCUCCUCGUCUGCGGACUCUCUUUAUUGUUUCAUUUGACCAUCUCCAACAUGCUGCCUGUGGAGUACAACAUCGAUGAGCAUUUCCAAGCCACCGCAUCGUGGCCAGCCAAAGCCACCUAUCUGUACAUCUCUCUUUUGGCUGCCAGACCUAAGUACUAUUUUGCAUGGACCUUAGCUGAUGCCAUCAACAAUGCUGCAGGCUUCGGUUUCAGAGGCUACGACAGGAACGGAGUGGCUCGUUGGGACUUAAUUUCCAAUCUGAGAAUUCAGCAAAUAGAGAUGUCAACAAGUUUUAAGAUGUUUCUCGAUAAUUGGAAUAUCCAGACAGCUCUUUGGCUCAAAAGGGUGUGCUAUGAACGAGCGACCUUCAGUCCCACGACGCAGACUUUCUUUCUCUCCGCCAUUUGGCACGGGGUCUACCCGGGAUACUAUCUGACAUUUCUGACAGGAGUGUUAAUGACAUUGGCAGCGCGAGCUGUGAGGAGUAACUUCAGACAUUAUUUCAUUGAACCCCCACAACUGAAGUUGUUCUAUGACGUCCUCACGUGGGCAGCGACACAGAUAACGAUCAGUUACACGGUUGUCCCCUUUGUGCUUCUUUCUAUAAAACCGUCCUUCACGUUUUACAGCUCCUGGUAUUACAGCCUUCACAUCUGCAGCAUCUUAGUGCUGCUGUUGCUGCCCGUGAAGAAGUCUCAAAGAGGAAAGAGCACACAGGAAAACGUUCAGCUCUCCUGGGCCAAAAAGUUUGACGAAAGAGAAAAUUCUCUGGGACAGAACAGCUUUUCCACGACAAACAAUGUUUGCAAUCAGAACCAAGACACUGCCUCUAGACACACGUCACUAACCCAGUGACUGGGAGAGCGAGUGAUGGCUAUUUCCCGUCUGCGAACAGAAAAGCCAGUCUUGACGCCUUUCCAGAGACUAACUGGUCGAAAAUGGGACAGUCUCAGUUAGGGGAUUUCCUGUACACCAGAUUGGAAAUGGAAUGAAAUAACCCUUCCCAUGCCAUGUUCCUGUGGGUCACGCCUUAUACAAAAUCUUUCCAUAUUUCAAUAGGGCACUCUGACCUCAGCAUAUGCCCUCAAGGUCAUAUGUGUGCCCUGUUGCUGAAUGUACAUUGCGUAUCCCAAGGCACUGAAGAGGUGGAAAAAUGAUCAUGUCAAUCUGGAUGAUUGACAGGUUAACUUUUUCCAAAUGAAUGUCUUGCCUUAAACCUCCUGUUUCCUAAAAUGUCGUUCCUGGAUGGUAUUUUCCAGUGAGGAGACGAUUUCAAUAUCUGAUGUGGUGUGCUGCAGAGUAGGAUCGAGGAGGAUUUUUAAACCGGAUAUUUAAGAUUGUGGGUACUUGAAAAAUGCAAUAAACAUCUCAGUAUUUGAAGGGUUUUCUUAAGGUAGCUCAGAGGACUACACACAUGGUAGAACUGUAAACAGUCAGGGCUGUUAAAUUACAGGUAGCUUGUUUUUCUGGGAGCUUAAUUACCUGGUGUCAGUUAGGAGACCCUUUCAGGAGGACUUUCUUAAACAUAAUUAAAGGUUGGCAAUGUGAUAUUUUAGGCUUAUUUUCUUAAGAAAAAAAAAAAAUAAGAGGGCAGAUGAGGUGAGCAGGGCUAGAAUGCAGAAAGCACCGUGUGGUCCAGAGCCAGAGGCAGAGGGUUUCCCCUUCUGUGUCCAAGAUCAGUGUGAUUGUGUGGGACACGAAAGUUCAGCAAGUUGAUAAUACUGUGGACUUUCUGAAGAAAUUUCUCGAACAUAAAUUACAUAGAAUUAGAGGAGAUAAGAGUAACAGUAGUAGGUUAUUUGAAGAUUUUGAAAGAAAUCUCUAGGAAUUAAGGGUAUUGUCUGGUUCAUUGGUUUCUUGUCCUGUCAUGUCUGUUGCUAUUUGGGAAAGUUUUAGGGAAAAGAAAACUUAGUUGCUGAGUCUAAAUGACAUCUUUUUAAAUUAAUAAAUUAGUUUCUACAUUCUUUAACUUCACACAUUAAAAUCCUUCCGUUAAACUCUUGUGAAAAUGGGUGUUAGAGUCUAUCAAAACAAAUAGGUGUUUUCUUGCUAGGGGCCGCUCUUGCCUUGAGUGACCGGGUAUGUCUUUGAUCCAACAGCAGCAUGCUGUGGGUUACAGCCACUGUAAGCAAGGGGUGGAUUUGAGGCCGUGGAACUGAGCCGUGGACUGUAGGUUCUGCCUUGUGAGAGAGACAGGCUGGGAUUUUGAGCCUCUCUGUUAUUUGACCAAUCUUUUUAUGAAAUUUGUUUUGGUUUUGCCUUAAAUUUUCAAAUGAAAUGCAAAUUGUCUAUGAUGAGUUUUUCCGUUUUGUUGUUUUGUUUUUAGUUUUUGUCACUAAUACACUUGUGAGCGAAGUUAAGGAGGAACCAGCGGUGGUGGUGUAGUUUAAGAUUUCAGUGGAAGAAAAAGGUGCAGGCCAGUGUGGCGUUCCAGGACGGUAGAGGCACGUGUGGCACCUUCACUUUUCACGCGCUUUUCCGGAGGCAGGUUGCUUGCCUCUGACUAGGAGAGUCCUCCCACUGCCUCUCCCAGGGAAAGGGCUGGCAAAUACUUUUUCAUAGUUUUCCGAGGUGUUGAAAUCCACCUCGCUGUAGCAUUCGAGAGGAAAGAAAAGAGGGUUUAUGGAGGGUACCUGCCCCUAGAUGUCUCUGCGAUUUUGUGAAUGCCGCGGAGAAUCCAGUCACUAUUAAAGACAACCCUAGGCAUUUUGUAAGGGAAGGCUGGAGAGCUGGUAGAAGCUGCUGAGGGCUUGCUGGGUCUACCCAGAACUUACACAUAACCUCCAUCUGUUUCUGUUACCUGUACUCUAGAGUCUCUGUUGCUUGUUUCCUCUCAAAGAAUUUAUAAUCACAGUACUAUCAUCCAAAAAGCAAGACAAUAAUCAUUGUUCUGGUUCCCAGAAGAUGAUGCGCAGAACAUCCAAUCUGACCCAAUUCUUUCUUUCUUUCUUCUGCAGUUACUAGUUACAUUUAUAAGAUCUUUUUUUUAAAAAAUUUUGGAUGGCUGUCUUCUAAUUUGCAGAAAUAAUCAUGAUUAUACAAUCUAAAAGAAAAUAAAUCAAAUUCUCAAUUUUUCUCAAAAAAUCAUGUUCUAGAAAAUGGACGUCUGGUUGGGAUGUUGCAAAGAUUAUUUUGCCUCUAUUUAGAAGGAUAUAGAGUAAUGUUUGUGCUGCUGUUGAUUGUGAAGGAGGUCAUUAUCAUAUGUGUUUGCUGUGUUUUACCGACAGAACAGGGUUCAGUGUGUGUUUAUAUGAAUUCUCCACCCCUCCAGUGUCAUGAAGUCACUCCAGAGAGGGUCUGUCUACAUCAUAUUUAUACUUCUGUUUGAUUAUAUACUACUCAGGGAAAAUAGAACAAAAAUAUUCUUCCCUCGGUUUCAUUUUCUUAUAACAAUAAUCGUUAAUUUGAUGUGUCUCAGCUUACUGUUUUUAAAACAAUGCAUUUUAAUCAGAACUCAGAGUGACUAGGGAAGCUUGCUUAGCUUCCGGAGUACCUAAAGUUGGGGAGAAGGCUCUCUGGGCUUCAGGGGUUCCCGAUGACUGUCUUAGCAUGCUGGUCUCUACCACGGAUGACAUCCACAUGGGGCAUUUCCACAGAUGCCACUUUUAAAGUUGCUGUCUAGAACGUGAUGACAGCUUCCUGGAAGUACUUGUUGGCCUGGCUGGUCCGUCUGGCUCUUGCCUAGGAGGCCCACCCCUCACCCCCAUCCUGUAGGGUGAAAGGCAAAGGGAAGAGUAGGUUCACAAAGGGAGCUGGUCACUGUUGGCUGCUUUUUAUUCCUGGAGUUCAAGGUGCUGACUUAAAAAAAAAAAA